AUGGAUUUCUUUGUUAUAUGUGUUCUUAAAGAAGCAAAAACCAUUAUUUCAGAUAAGAUUGUAAAGGUAUCACUAGUAUCACUAGCAGAAAGCUUUCAGUUUCACGACAUUUUUAAUGUAGCAACAAAUGAACAGUUUGAGAAUUAUGAUGUUCAG